AAACGAUCCCGUGUUAAGACAGUCUUACGUCGCGAGAUUCGUCGUUCUGGUGUAACCUGCUUGGCGCGUUGCAAAGAAACGAAAAGAAAAGAAAAGAAGAGAAAAGAAAGGAAGAGAAAAGAAGAAGAAGAAGAAGAAGAAUAAGUUCUCUUCGAAGGAGAAAGAGAAAAUGAAAUUUGUUUUGGUAAAAUAGUUGGCAAACGAUAAGAUCGUUCCGAACGUCGAUCGUUCGGCUUGGAUUGCCAUUAAAAAAUGUCUUCGAACGAUCUUCUUUAACGCGCGCGCGGUGUUUUCGUUUAUAUUUACCAAGUGUAUAAGAAAAAUGGCUCAAGAGACCGACGACAUCAACUUGACUCCUCAAGAAUUACAGAUAUUAUCCGAAUUAGACAGUCGACAAUUUGGAUUUCUUAAACUGAACGCACCCGAGCAGACAAAGAGAAAGGCUUUGGUAGUGCGUGCAAUUAAGUACUUAGAAAGAAUGCUGGUCCAAGCGCAGUCUGAAAAACAACGUAGAAAAGCAGAUAGUACUAAAUUAAAUUCAGAGGAGUCAAAGGACGACGAAGAAGACAACGGGAUUAGCAUUGAUCCAAAGACUUAUUGUAAAUUAGGUCAUUUUCAUUUGCUAUUGGAAGAUUACACUAAAGCCAUGUCGGCGUAUCAAAAAUUCUAUUCGUUAAAAGGUGACUACUGGAAGGAUGCUUCGUUUCUCUAUGGACAAGGACUCGUUUAUUUUCAUUUUAAUGCCUUUCAGUGGGCCGUGAAAGCCUUCCAACAGGUGCUAUGGGUAGAACCAAGUUUUCCACGAGCCUGCGAGGUUCACCUAAGGCUUGGCUUGAUGUUGAAGGUCCACGCUGACUUCGAUGCAGCUUUGAAGCACCUGACGUUAGCUUUGAUCGAUGCAACCACACCUGCUUCCUUCUCCAAACUCGAAAUCAAAUUUCAUAUCGCUCACCUGUACGAAGUUCAAGGAAAAUAUCGUCUAGCAAAAGAGCAUUACGAAGCUUUACUUAAGGAAAAAGCUUUGCCGUCGCAUUUAAAGGCUGACAUUUGUCGUCAGUUAGGAUGGAUGUACCAUGUUGUUGAUUGUUCCGUAUUAGGAGUAACUAGACAACAGAAGCAAGCUAUAGCUAUUCACUGCUUACAAAAAUCUAUUGAAGCCGAGCCUAAAAGUGGACAGAGUCUGUAUCUUCUUGGACGGUGUCUUGCUGCUUCUGGAAAAGUUCAUGAUGCUUUCAUCGCUUAUAGUAAUCUUCUAUACCUUUGUAGAAAUUCCGUGGAAAAAUCAGAAGGAAACGCUGAUACCUGGUGCAGUAUAGGUGUUCUAUACCAGCAACAGAAUCAGCCUAUGGAUGCACUCCAAGCUUACAUAUGUGCUGUACAAUUGGAUAAAUCGCAUUCAGCUGCCUGGACGAAUUUGGGCAUUUUAUACGAGAGCGUUAGUCAACCAAAAGACGCAUUAGCUUGUUACGUCAACGCAUCUAGGGGAAACAACAACACUCCUAAUUGUACGGGCCCAUUGGUAGGCCUGGGCGGUGCUAAGUCUGGUGGUAAUACUCCGAUGAACCCAUCUUUACAACAGCGAAUAAACUUUUUACAAAGUCAUCUAAGUCAAGCACCAAUGCCCUCUGUUGCUGCCAAGAGGCGGCAAUUGCCGUCAAUAGAAGAAGCUUGGAAUUUACCAAUAAGCGCAGAAAUGUCUAGUAGGCAACAGCAACAACAACAACCCCCUGGUGGGCCUGGAUACAAAUAUGGUGCAGCACCAUCUGGACCACCACCACCUUAUCCUCAAACUCAAGGACAAGGUUUAAAUGCAAAAAGAUUUAAGCCUGGAGAUGAUUCGAUAUCACCUCCGUCUCCACAAAGGCCUCCACCAUUUUAUUUAUCUCCACAACAAUUACAAAUGUUGCAAUUUUUGCAACAAAAUCAAAGUAGUUUAACGCCACAGCAGCAGGGUUUACUUGCACAACUUCAGCAUCAGUAUAGAGCGAUGCAGCAACAUCAACAACAGAUUAGAUUGCAGCAACAACAAGCUGCUCAGAGAGGCCUUAGGCCAGGACAACCAGGUUAUCCUACUGCUUACUCUCAUGGACAGCCAUCGGGGCAACCUGGUGUUAUAAAGAAUUAUGGUAUCCCUCAGCAACCGUUGCAGCAAGGAGGAACUGUGGCUUUACAAACGGGAUUUUCCGACUCAAACGUAGGCUACAAUACCGUUGCAACGGGUAACACACAAACCCCUGGGAUGCCUUAUAAAUCUGCUUCUGAUCCUAAUUACCCUCAAAGACAAUUGACUCAGAGUGGUCAAUUCAAUCAGUAUCAGUCGAACCAAUAUACUGCACAAGGCUAUGCUCAGAUCUCUUCUACGACAAGUAGUUAUCCUGAAGGUUCAGCAGGAAACAAGGACUUAGGUGUCACGGAUCAAGAAUUGCAAGCUUUGCUGUCUCAGAAAGACAUUGCGACGUCAUUGGCAGAAGACUUGUUAAAACAUUUUGGAUCAGAGGACUUGGACGUUAAAGAAGAACCACCUGGUAUUAUGAACAAUGGUACUUUGAGUUCCGGUCCAUUUUCUCCAUCCAAUAUGGAAGAGAACGCUGAUAAGAUAAAGGAAGUUAAACUGGAAAAGAUGGAUGAAGUUCAACCAUCGUCUACCUCCAAUAUAGAAAUGUUCGAUAAAAACGAGUCUAAAUCAUCGAUUCCAGUGGUCGAAACUAUAAAAUGCGAGGCGACGUCUAGUACAAAUAAAACUGAAUCUAUAACACGAACAGAACCUGUUCUGAAAUUAGAGAGUUUGUGCGAGUCGCAGCCAGAGCAAGAAUUAAGUAUAGAGAUGGACUCGAAAACUAUUAUCGAGGCGUGUAAGGGCCAAGGAUUAAAAGGAGUUCCAAAUUGUUCGAUUCUUAGUGACCGUUCACCUCCACCGGCACCUCCAGAUCCUCCUAGUCAAAGAUUGACCAAGGAACAACUCUUACCACCUACGCCUAGUGUCUAUUUAGAGAAUAAGAAGGAUGCAUUCAGUCCACAAUUACAAGAAUUUUGUCUGAAACAUCCUAUAGCUGUAAUCCGUGGUUUAGCGGCCGCCCUUAAAUUAGACUUAGGUCUUUUUUCAACUAAAACAUUAGUAGAAGCCAAUCCCGAUCAUGGUAUCGAAGUUAGAACACAAGUCCAACAGACGAGCGAUGAGAAUUGGGAUCCAGUAGUCGGUAGAAAAGUUUGGGGUUGUAUUAGUCAUAGAAGUCAUACAACUAUAGCUAAAUAUGCUCAAUACCAAGCUUCGAGUUUUCAAGAAAGUUUGAAGGAAGAACGUGAAAAGUCUCAGGGCAUACAUACAUCGAACUUAUCGGAUUCAGAUUCGAAAGAUAGUACAGGCGCAGUUAGGCGAAAGAAAAAUGCAUUUGGACUUGCUGGUCGUCCAGGUUCAAAAAUGUUACGUUUUGGGACCAAUGUCGACUUGUCCGACGAGAGAAAGUGGAAAACCCAGUUACAAGAACUUAUGAAGUUACCUGCUUUCGCAAGAGUUGUAUCGGCUGGCAACAUGCUCAGUCAUGUUGGUCAUGUUAUAUUGGGAAUGAAUACCGUGCAAUUAUAUAUGAAGGUGCCUGGAAGUAGGACACCUGGUCAUCAAGAAAAUAAUAAUUUCUGUUCAAUCAAUAUUAAUAUCGGACCAGGUGACUGUGAAUGGUUUGCAGUACCUGAUGCUUAUUGGGGUGUCAUUUGUGCCCUAUGCGAACGUAAUAAUAUCAAUUACCUUCAUGGUAGUUGGUGGCCUUCGUUAGAAGAUUUAUAUGAAGAAAACAUUCCUGUCUAUAGGUUUUUGCAAAGACCAGGAGAUCUUGUUUGGGUCAACGCUGGUUGUGUACAUUGGGUGCAAGCAGUAGGUUGGUGUAAUAAUAUUGCGUGGAAUGUAGGACCUUUAACUGCUCGUCAAUACCAGCUUGCUAUAGAACGUUAUGAAUGGAACAAAUUGCAAUCCUUCAAAUCCAUAGUGCCAAUGGUUCAUCUAUCUUGGAACUUAGCUAGGAAUAUCAAAGUGUCGGAUCCAAGGCUAUUCGAAUUGAUUAAAAAUUGUCUUUUAAGGACGAUGAGACAGUGUUGUUUAAUAUUAGAAUUCGUAAAGAGCAAAGGUGUAGAAGUUCGAUUUCAUGGACGUGGAAAGAACGAAGCGUCGCAUUAUUGUGGACAAUGCGAGAUCGAAGUUUUUAAUAUCCUAUUUAUACGCGAACAAGAGAAACGUCAUGUCGUGCAUUGUAUGGAUUGCGCACGGAAACAAGCACCAUCGUUGGAAGGAUUUGUUUGUUUAGAAGAAUACAGAAUGCGAGAUUUGAUGGAUGUUUAUGAUGGAUUUACUUUGCACACCUCAUUAAACGCUCCUUCGUUAUCAGGACAAACCAGCCAAUCCUCCUGAGGUUACAUGCAACACAGAUAUUUGGACUUCUUGGGCACUUUACAGUGACUUAGAUAGUACAAUUUCUGUGUAUAAAAUAUAUAUAUAUAUAUAUAAAUAUAAAUAUAUAUAUAUAAAUAAUUAAUCUAAUUAAUAAUAAAUCUGUUAGUAAUCACGACGUACCUGAGAGCUAAAAAAAAAGUAAAGAUAACGACGACGAUGAUGAUAUAUGUGUAUAUAUAUGUUAUAUAUAUACACAUACAUACACCAUGAGAAAAAAUGAAAGAUAAUCUUUGUCACAGAUAACUCCAAUAGUUAUCUUUUUAAUCUUUCUUUAGAGUACCAUUUAUAUAAUAGUAAUAAUAAUAAUAAUAAUAUUAAUAAUUAAUAAUAAUAAUAAUAAUUAAUAAUUAAUAAUUAGUUCGAUUGUUUGAAAUUUUCAAGAAUUUCGUACUUUCUAAUUCUAUUUCUCCGAGCUCUCGGGUAUGGUUCUAUUGUUGAAUUCGAGAGAAGACUGUUUUCAAUUGUAAAUUAGUCGAAUGAGAGGAAAACGAUAAGUGUAUGUAAAGAAUGAAGAAGACAAAGAAGGAGAGAAAAGGAUCGAUAACGAAGGAGCGUGCGCUUGUAUAUUAGUUACCAAAUUCGAUUAAACAUUAUUAAGAUUAAUCCGAAUUUAGAAUUAAUAAUGUUUAGUAAAAAUCUAACAAAGAAAAAAAAGAAGAGAAAGAAAAAGAUCUUGCAUUCUUUUGAACUGUUUAUUAUAUAUAGUUAAAAGAUUAAGUGAUAAGUGAUUUUUUCUCUUCGAUCUUGUAAUUAAUUUUUUUUUUUAAAUCUCUCUCAUUUUACUUCUCAUAAUUAAGUCAAACGAAUGAGUUAAAAAAUUUGAUCAGAAAAAAAAAAUAAUACUAAAUUUUGCGAGAACAUUUCACUGCCAUGGAUUACGUUGGAGAACAAUGUUCUCAUUUAUUAUUAUAGUUCAAAUUCAUGAACUAUUAUUAAGUAUCGUUAACUACUUUUAAAUUGAUUAGAAUAUCUAAUGAAUGAUAAAUAAAAGUAAUUUAAAUAAAAGGAAGAAAAGGGAAAGAGAGAAAGAGGAAAGAUAAACGACAACAACUGUUUGAGAAACGUGUGUCGAAAAGAGAGAUUAUUAUAUUAUUAUUAUCAUUAAAUUGAUUUUUAUGAAAUCAUUCUUGUAUAAAAGUGGCGGCAUAUGACAAUGCUAAAGUUCUAAUCUCUACUGCCUAGAAUGUAUAAUAGCUAAUAUUAUUUUCUACGUCCAAACAUAACGAUGAGAUCAAAAAAUUAAUAGGAGGUACAAGGAGAAUUGGUUGUACUAUUCGAAAAAAAGAAGAAAAAAAAAGAACAUCUUUUCUAAACAUCAGAAAAUGAUUAGGAUGGCCUUCAGAAAAAUAAAAUAGGACGAUUAAAAUGUUCCAAAGAGUGAUCCAUAUAAAGUGUUACAAACCAUUUUUGUUUUAAUUUAUAAAAACUAUUCGACUUAAAAGAAGAAACUAUUAUUCAAUAGAAAUGUUCAUUAAAUUUCUAUAAUCUUGUAAUUAAUUAAAAUAGAAUGAUGUAAUUAAAAUUGUUUAAUAUGUUAUUUACUAAAAAUAUUUUCUAACGUUUUAUUUGGAUCGUUCUUCAAUUGAAAACUAUUAGUAUGAUUACGAAUUAGAAAAAUAUUAUACGAGAGUGGCAUUGUAUAAAUAGAAAGACUAUUCAUUUGUACAGUUUAUUCUAACGUCUAACGAUAAUCUAAUUGCAAAGGAGGAGAGAAUUAAUAUAGAAAAUACGUACCUUCUUCACAGUCUCGUCAAUUCACUGCGGCGUUUUCUUUUUUUAAAUUGAACGCUUUGAACAUACAUACGUGCCAGAAAUGAAUAAAUAAAAAAAGUAAAAGAAAAAAAAGAGAUGAAUAAGCAAAGAAAUGAAUGAGUAAAAAAAUAAAAUUUUAUGUACUACGAGCAAUUUACAAUUUCGUCGAAAUAUAAUGUAUUUUUCGCAAAGAGAUGAAGAAACAGAGAGAGAAAGAGAGAGAAAAAGAGAACUUUUUUGUGUCGAUCAUAAAAAAAAAAAAUAAUAAUAUAAACAAUGUAUUUUUUAAAUAAUAGAAAUGCUAGUUCCACCGAGAGAAAGAGAGAGAGAGAAAGAAAGAAAGAAAAAAGGAGAAAAAAGAAAAGAAAUAACAUCUCUUUUUAAACAUUUCACUUUUAUAUACGCCGACCAUAUUACAUAAAAAAAAUACUCGUUAAAAAAAAUUAAUAAACAAUCACAAAGUGGUACAGUAUGUUUUUCUACUGUUAACGACGACGCUACAGAGAAUUGUUGUACAUAAAUAAAGAUUUUUUUUUUUCUUUUUCUUUUCUUUUUUUCUGCAGAAAUUACAAUCUAUAGUGUUAUAUGUGUAUAAUAAUUCAACGAAAUCGGCUAUAUGCUUAUAUUUUAAUCGAAUCCCGAAGAACUAUGAUCUCAAAGCAUGAUAAUAUAUUGGCGGUUUAUAGAAAAUCAUUGUAAUAAUAAUAAUAAUAAUAAUAAUAAUAAUAAUAAUAAUAAUAGUAAUAAUAAUAAUUAUUAUUAUUAUUGUCCUGCUAAUAUUUGGAAUUGAGGAUUUCGAUAACGCUCCAAUUAAAUUAUAUAUAUGUUUAAUAUAAAAGCUAAAAAUAUAAAAAAAUGUCGAAUUAUAAACAAAAGAAAAAAAGAAAAAAACGUGAAAAAGUACAUAUAAAGAUGAGAAUUUUGUUAAUAUGUACAGACUUGAAAUUUUUAUUGCUUUUAAACAUGCUCUAAUUCUAAAUUUAAAUUUAUGUAUAUUAAUAUUGUUAUUAUUACUAUUAUGAUUAUUAUUAUUAAUUUUAAGUUUGUCGAGCACUUAAGCUUGUAGAUGUAAUUUAAUGAUUCUAUGAUAAUGAUCUAAAAAGAUUUUUUUAUAUAUAUAUAUGUGUAUAUAUAUAUAUAUAAAAUAUACAUAUAGGUAGUUUCAUAUUUUUCUUCUUCUUUUUCUUAUUACUAUUAUCACUAUUAUGAUUAUGUUAUAUUAUAAAUGAUAUGAAUGAUUAGAAAUGAUUAGAAAAGAAAACAAAUGAAAACUGCAUGUGAAGAAUGUGUUGGAUAAUACUAAAUGACAAAAUAAUUCAUUCAUUCGUUUCUAUAACUAGCAUUGUUUUAACUUGAAAUUAUUUAUUAAUAUUAUUAUGAUUAUAAUUUUUAUUACUUGCGAUAAAUUUCAUUUGAUUCGCUAUAUUUUUUGAGUAUUUUUUAUAUAAGAGAGAAUUUCUCAAUUGAAGAUACACUUUCAAAUGAAUAUUUUUCUCUGAAUUGUAUAUUGUAUAUAUAUAGAUCAUACAAACUGAAAAAUAAGCUCGUCAAACAUUAAACAAAAUCUGUAUUUAUAUAUUGAAGAGGCUAAACAAUAUCUUCGUUCUUACAAAAUUACUCUAUUAUUUUUAUCGAAUGUUUCUUUCUUUUUUAGCUAGCAAAAGCUCGAAUUACAUUUAAAUUUUGCAUAAAACAGCUUCUCUUUAUCUUCUGUAAAAAUAGAAAAAAUAAUAACAAAUACAAAAUAACUUGAUGACUCGAAUAGAAAAUAAUAUAUAAUGAUUAAAAUUUGAUACUACUCGAAUAAAGUUUCUUAAAUAAUUAUAGAAUACACAUAUUGUAUAUAAAUUUUCCAAUGAAAUAUUUAAAAGAAACGAGUCAUACGUGUGUAUAUAUAUAUAUAUAUAUAUAUAUAUAUAUAAAAUUAAUAGUUUAGAAACUAUAUACCUUUUGCAUGACCAUAGCGAUGAUCAUUGUCAUUUAUCAUCUCGCACUGUACAGAUCAUCUAAAAAUCUUGUAUUUUGAUAUCGACAAAGUAUCCAAAAAGAAUAUCGUAUUGGUUUUAUAAAGCUUGCCAUUUAACAACAACAACAAUAACAAACGUAUGAUUAAAAAAUAUUUCCAAUUGUCUAGAAGAUGAAGAAAGAAAAAAAAAUGAAGACAAACAAAGAAAAACUUUUUUACUAAAUGAUCUUACAAGAUCUAGAGAGCUUUGAAUUCCAUUGUACGUAUAAAAGGAUUACAUAGUUGUAAAAAUAAAAAGGAAAAAAGAAAAAGAAUGAAGGAAUAAAAGUAAGGAGAAUGAAAGAAAAAAUAAAGACAUACAAACAAACAAACAAAAAAGAAGAAAAUAUUUUCGCUAAACCAUGUACAAAAGUUUAAGUUUUACACCAACUUAACUAACAAUGUGAAAACCGACUUGCAUAUAAAAAAUUUAUUUUUUCUCAACGAGCAAAAAGAUAUAAAACGUAAAACGAUAUUUUCUAAUUCAUCUGUGUGUAAUACAAACGAACAAACAAAAAAGAAAAAUAAAUAAAAAAAGAAAAGAAAAGAAGAAAAACAAAGCCGUAUAUAAAGCAGAUAUGUAAAAAAUAAUAAUAAAAAAAAAAAAAGAAAAAAAAAGAAAAAAAACUUAAAAUUGUAUGAAAAAACUGCGUUUUGAAGUGUGUGAGAGAACAAUUCACUGCCAAAUUGUGAUAACGAAAAAGAUAUUCCCACCUAAGAGCAGGAGCGUUUUCUUAACUUCUGAUUAGCAUUGAAAAAUCACAAUGAUGUGUUUCCUCCUAAUCUCUAUAUACAUAGUUACCGUGAAUUCUGUGCACCCAAACAGUAGUAGUCAAACUAUAAACCUAAACUUAAGAAUAGAAAGAGAGAGAGAGAGAGAGAAGGAGAAUAAUAAUAAUAAUAAACAUAAAUAAAUUAAUUAAUUAAAAAAAAAAAGAUAUAAGUACAUACAAUACACAGU